UGCUUACCUUGCGCCCGAUCACUGGCCGCGCGGGGAAACAUGGCAGCCGGCAUUCGCCAAGUUCAGGCCGCAAUCCAGGAAGCCUUGCACCAUAUUGCGAAGCUGGAGGAUACCAAAGACGAGGUGUCCAACAACAUCCAGCGCUACAGCCAGGCACUUGCUGAGUUGGAUCGAAAGGCGCCAGCACUUGGGCAGCUGACUGUGCCCGGGACACUGGUGGCACAUGUGGACGAGGCGGGCGAUCCCCAGAAGUGGUGUCAUUCGGUGGCAAAGCGCUACGCUGCCACAAUGAAGGAGGCUCAGGGGCGGCGAGACCCCCUGAGAAGCCUCAGCAGGUCUUUGCGCUCCAAAGGUUGGGCGCUAUCCUCGCUUGCCAGGCUGGCGACUGUUCAAAAGACCAGGGGUUGGUGGGAUGGGCCCGUUGACAGCUCGACCAGUUGUUCCCGUCCAAGUGGGAAGCUUCAGCUUUGGCAAUGGAAUGGGACGACCCAGGCCAGAGGCUCCGGAAGCUGGCGAAAGGGAGGCGAAGCGGAGGCGCGAGGCAGCUGCGCAACCCGGGCCGGAAAAGAAUGAGAGCCAGA